AUGACCCUCUUUAACCCGACCUCGAUUCUCGUGGGAUUCCUCCUCCUUUACCUCUCGUCCUUUUUCAUCUUCGCUAUCGUCCGGAUCGCGACGGGAAUCUCUAUCCAACGGAUCGGCUACUUUUCGCUGCGCCGAAUUGCAUACACCCCGAAGGAAGGAAUACACAUUGAAAUCCGUGGCCUCGGAUUGUUGUUACACCCCCCGUCAUUUGCCCAGCCAACAUGGAUCAGCAUUCGGUUGACAGAACUGAAGGUGACCGUGGACUCGACGACUCUGGGCCAGGGAAAACGCGACGCACCGCGUCAACCAUCCGAAGACCACGCCGCCCCCGAACCUGGCGGCAGAAGCAAAACAUGGAGGACGUUAACACGAAUCAAGGAACGUGUCAAGCGGCUACACCGGCAGAUCCAUUGGUUGGCCCUCGUGGACCUGACUGCUAUCGACACAACCGUCCACUUUGUCAACGCUGGCCAAAUCCAGGUGGGAUCGCUUUCUCUUUCAGUCGACACGCGGAGGAAGAUGGUGGAACGGGGCAAGCUAUUUCGUCGCAAGAAGGAUAUGUCGCAAGACCAACGCCCAGCCGAGUGGAUUAUGAAUGCCAAAAAUGUUUUACUCAAUGUCGACGGCCGGGAGCCAACCGAGAUAUUGGAUAAUGUUGGUGUGAAUCUCCAUGGACUUCUUCACAAGGAUUUGGACGGACUGAGAGACGCCUCGGUGGCCCUUAAAAUUGGGCGUUUGCAUAUUCCAUAUGACGAUCUCCGCACGCUAUUGCAGCGCAUCAAACCGGUCAAGAAAUCUGCACAGGGGUCAAAUACGGAGACCGAUGACGAGAUAUCAUUUGCCGAUUUCGUGGACGAACUCGACAAGCCUGGAAGCAGAGACAAUGCCAUUAUACAGACAGUGGCGGACUCAAAGGGGUUUGCAAGCUCAUUACUUCGUGGUGUACAGGAGAUACAGAUUGCUUUGAGCUUCUUCCGUGUCUCAAAGGGUAUCCAGGCUCUGUCUGCAGGACAAACCCCCGUAUAUCUGAAUGUGGUAUCGCAUGAGCUUGGAAUUGAUCUUCAUCGGAUGGACCAAAGAAGCCCAGAGCAUCGCAUGUAUUUCCAGCGGAAUGAUGUUGCCCAUCAGGCUCUUCUUGCUGCUAUCUCUCUUUCCGUCAGCUUAGGCGACGAAUCGGGCGAGACCGAUAACAUUCUAUACAUCCCCAUGGCUACGACAACCAUCAAAACCACACUGCCUUCGAAGACGGUGAGCACCUUCGAUGAUGGGAAUGCUGAAGAGCGAAACACAAAUGUCCUGUUCGCAAAUUUGGUCGUGACAUCACCCUCGGUUGAUCUCCAACCGCAACAUGUUUCGAGGCUGCUUAAACUAGCACAAAAUCGAGCUUCUUCUCCUCGGGCGAAGAAGCGAGAUAAUCAUCGAUUGAUUUCUCGACUACUCCCGAAGGCAAGCAUCAAUAUUUCUGUUCACGAACCUGUGGUCCGGUUUGUUCUCCCCAUCGAGAAAGAGUCUGGUACUCCCGAUGAUUACAACCUCCUUAUUUCCUCGAUCUCCUCUAUUUCACUCGAUAUCGAGUCCUCUCAUUCAUCUGAAGGCGGUGCCCACUAUUCCCUAUCGUCAAUUUACCGGGUCGCCUCCCACAAAUUCUAUUACCAGACUCCAGCAGGCAACAAACACAAUUUGCUCACAAACGAGAAUCUGGAGCUGAAGGCCCAUUUGAACGCCACUCCAGAGGUCUGUGUAAUCGCCUCAGGAAGUCUUAACGAGUGUUCAGUCCACAUGAUUGAUGGGGAUGUAAACCGUGGAAUCCGCGAAGUCUUGCAGCAAUUCAUCACCCAGAUGCAAUCACAGAAGCGGGUACCAAUACCGACAAAUGAAAAAAAGGCAAGCGUGUUGAGACGAGUGCCACCAUGGCUACUCCAAUUUCAGUUCGAAGCCACAGGGUCCAGUGUGGAAGUCGCUGGUGUGGACAGCACCGUUUCUGAUAUAUCUCGUGGUGUAUCUCUGCAACUACAAUCGUGGACAGCGGAAUACAAAGCUCAAAAAACGGAGACAAAUGUCGGAAGCAUUGCUAGGCGACGCACUCCGAGCCAUUCCACCAUUGGCGAUGAAUCGCCCUUUCGAUUUCCCCCAACCUCGCCUCCUAAGGCUACUCACACACAACGCGGCGCUUCAGAUGGCCGGCGACUGGCUUUCCACGCGCGUGGUUUCGAUGGCUUUGUCAUUGAAUCAGAGGAUUAUCUGGAACCCGAGCCAUUCUUCUCUUUGCCUCGAUUCGAGAUUGCGCUGAGCACCCACUGUGAUCGCCUCGGACCGCUCCUGCAUGUCACAUCCGUGUUCAAGGGCAUAUACCUUCAAUACUCACUGUACCGGUUCUACUGCCUCGGCGUUGCCGUUUCCGUGAUCCAAGACGUGCUCACACCCUUACCGCCAAAGCACUCAGAGGCUGCCGAAAACAAACCCAGGGCGCCUGCGAGUGUCUCGCUACCGCCGCCUCCGGCAUACAAAUGGUCUCCAAAAAAGGAGCUUGUCACAUACGACAUGAAGGCAACAGUUGUGCAGCUCAAGGCAAACCUGCCAAACGAUCCUCAAAUAAUGAUUCAGAUCUACGGACUUGCCGGUGCUUCUCAACGUCUUUCUACUCCUUAUGUUAAAGCCAACCUUGUCCGCUUCCAUGCAGAGGCACCUAAGCUCAAGGGUGUUUGGGCAAGAAUCGGAAGUAUGAACAACGUCAGGCUGGAUUUCCGAAAGAUGAAGAUGAAACAUGGCAACACUUUGGUGGAAGAAAAAUCUAUCGACAUAUGGACAGACUUCAUCCGAAUUGGUGUACCUCAUCAUAUGGUGAUGCACCGCAUUUUUGAUAACCUUAUCAACACUUCCAAGGCUUUGAAACAGCUGCAUCAUCGCUUCAAGAAUGGUUGCAGAGAUUUCGGCUCCUUGAGAGAACCAGAAGGCCCGAAGAAGGUGCCUAGGAUAUCUAUUCGCAGCAAAGCGUUGCUCUUCGAGUUGGAGGACGAUGGCUUUGAGUGGAAACUGGGCUGCAUCUAUCGAGUUGGCCUGGUUGAACAGAUUCAGCGGCUGGCCCGGGAAGACGCCUUCCAGUUGAAAUCUCACAAAGUCAUGGAAUCUGACCAGCGGCGUGCCUCAUCUCGGUCACGAGCCAAGUCGAGCCAUCGGACAAUGCGCAGCGAGCGAACUAGCCUAGAUACAAGGCGAAGCAGGAGUGCCGAUGAACGCCCGAGAUCUAGCGCCCAAGAACGCGGGAGAGGUCGGAAAUACCGCUAUGAUACCGAAGGCGCCACCUGUCUCUCAUCGGAGCAAAAGAUCUCUGUGCAUUCUGCCUGGGGCCGACUUCAACAGUACAAUGCUCAAGUCUGGAAAGAGAAGAUCGAUGCAGCUCUCAUGUUCCAGGGCACUUCUAUCAAACAAGUCCGAAAUCUCUUCUCUGGUGCAGAUGAACCUCCUCCGGAUGUGAAAGAGACCGAAACCAUUCUUGCCAUUCCGAACAGACCGGGUCUGAUGUCGGCUCUGAUCAGUGAUGUUCACCUUGUUAUUGACAAGCCUUCAUUCGCUAUCGAUGAGUUCCCCAGUUACUUGAACCGAAUCGGAAAGGGGAUGCCUAUGUCUAUGAAAUACGGCCUGCUCAUCCCAAUGAGCUUUAACCUGGAAAUGGGUGAAGCACGCGUCAACUUGCGAGAUUAUCCCCUAGAUCUAUUGCACAUCCCAGCCCUGCGCCCAGGGCAGUCCCCAAGACUUCCCAGCUGGUCUUUGCGGACGAACUUUGUCAUUGCAGAAGAAUGGCGUGACCAUGAAUCCGCAAGACAGGUUGAAGUGGAACUCGUUCCUGCAUCUGAAGGGUUCGACGGAUCCCCCCGCGAUGCGUUCAAGAUUCAGGUGUGGCGUUCUGUUACACCAGUCAAGACCUAUUCGGACCCUGUCAUCGAGAUAAACACAAGUUUGCCGACUAGCAUUUCAUGGGGUGUCUCCUAUCAGCCUGUUAUUCAAGAUAUGAUGAAGAUCAUUGAGGGUUUCACGAAACCUGAAAUUGAUCCCUCGGAGCGGGUGGGCUUCUGGGACAAGAUCCGACUCAGCUUUCACUCCCGGAUCAAGGUUCUCUGGAGGGAAGAUGGCGAUGUACAUCUGCGACUUAAGGGCUCUCGUGAUCCGUAUGUGGUGACCGGCUUUGGAAGCGGCUUCGUCAUGUGCUGGCGUAGAGAUGUCCAAUUGGAUGUGCACACCAGUGACAAUCCCAUGGAAUUCAUGACUGUCACGAGCGGCGAAUAUGUGCUCGCUAUUCCCGACUACAGUGCCGAAGCACGUUGGGCAAACGAAGCUACCACAGAGGAGGUGGAUAACAGUUCUGCAUCCAGCGAGCAGAAGAAUGCUGCCCAAUUCAAAAAGGUUAUUAUGAAGCUCUCUGGCGAUGUCAAGUGGGCAGCAGGUCUCGUCUUCGAGCGGGAUAGUGAGAAUGAUGAAAGGUCCUUCUCCUUCAAACCACAUUAUGAGGUCAUUCUUAAGAACCCCAGAUUCGUCAAACCAUCCGAGCAGAUCAAUUACGAUGCCUAUCGUGGCUUCCGGAGUGACCAUAUUCACCUUUCUGUCUCGAUUAUUGCACCGCAGAAUAGAGACUGGGCUGUCGACAAUGUGCAACCGUCUUCAAGCUACAACACAAUCCAUCUCUCACCGCGAUUCUUCACCCACUUCUUCAAUUGGUGGUCUCUUUUCUCGGGCGUGAUGUCGCUUCCUGUUCGCCAAGGAUCGCUCUGGCCAGGAGUCACAAAGACCGCCAAGAAGUUCAAUCGUCAUUUGGCGACUGUCAAAUACAAGAUUCUUCUUGCACCCCUUUUCGUGGCCCAUAUGUACAAGCACAAGGAUCGCGAAGAUUAUGAAGAGAGAGCUGUUGUGGCCACGGGCUUGAAAGUUCGCCUUGAUUGCUUGAAACUUGAUAUCCAUCAACGUCGCGAGCAAAUCAAAACACAAGCCGGGGGCCGUUCAAAACAGACCAGGACAACCGCGAUGCGUAUUAAUCAAGCCCAAAUUGAUAUGCAAUCUGCAGACUUCCGCGCCGUGUCCGCCAGCAUCGAAGGCACAACACCGGAAGACGUUGAGCGCAACAAAGACGAUAUCCUCUCUUCCUUCCAACAGCCUGUUCCAUCAGUUGACUUGUCUCGUUUCACAAUCCCUGAUCACAAUUUGGACUGGGUCGACAUGGAUGAUUUCGUGGAGCCGGACUGGAUCCUUCCACAGGAGUCGAACCCCCGUACCCAGAUCUUACCUUUGGCCUUCACCCCGCGAUUCACCUACUUCCGCAACACGGAUCACUGCGACAUCGGACCCGACGAAACGGGCUACAGUCCAUUUGGGGACGAACCGACCCACGAGUGUGUCAUGUCUGAAACCAACGAUCCUCGCCGUGUUCAGAUUGAGUUGGUCAAAGACCGCCUUGCAACAGUCGAGGCACAGAUUCGCAAUUAUGAAAGCACAAUUGGGGAAAUCGAAAUCAAGCUUAUGAAAGAAGUAGACAAUAAUACAGAACUGAAAGCCGAGCAUGAGUUAUUCCUUCGCCAGUCUGAGUCUCUAGCGAGACGACGCAAGUUCUUGACCACAACUCUCAAUCGUCUUGAGAGACAUAUCACACGCGACGAGCGGACUCCAUAUGGCGACACACUUGGCAAAAACGUUGCACCCAGCACUGCUUCUUUCCGAACAGGACGAACAGGUACAACCGAUGGCCGUUCUUCAGCCUUGGAUGGAAUUUACUCGUCGGCCAACGAUGAGUUCUCCAGCGAUUUCGACAAUCGUUUCAUGAUCCACAACAUGCAGCUCAAAUGGAACAACUCGCUCCGCAACAUCGUAUUGCGGUAUAGUCACCAAGUGAGCCAGCGGCGUGGAUUUGUCUACUACAUGUCUCGCCGCGCUGUCAAAUUUAUCCUUGAUAUCGUGGAAGAACAGGACAAGAGCGAUCGCAAGCAGCCUAAAAUGUCCAAGACACAAACCCGAAGUUCGAGCGUCGAUGAGGAUGAGGAGGAGGUUGGAGAUCGCAUUGAACAGUUGCUGAAUGAUGCUAAGCGCUACGUGAAUGUCGAAGAGAACGAUCCACCAGACUCGAACAACCAAUCAACUCCGAACACCCCAUCCUCUGCCAAUUCGGACAGUUCGAGUGAGAAUAUCGUGCCGGAAUUCACUCCCCAGAACACUUAUCACUUGCGUCUCAUUGCACCUCAAAUACAGCUUCUUAGUGAAAAGAACCAGAAGUCGGUCUUGCUUGUUGCCGCUAAAGGCAUGGAACUCAAGGUCGUGUCAAUCAUGGACAAAGGGCGUGUUUCGGAUGAUGUCAGCGGCUUGAUACAACGCCGUUUCUCCCUCGAAAUGGACGGUGCCCAGUUUUUCGUUGCAACACAGAAGAAAUUGAUGACAAACUUGCAAUUCUAUGCUGGCAAUAAGUACGGGAAUGCGCCUGGAUCAGCGUGGCCACCGUGGUUGACUUUGGAAGCCAUGUUUGAUUUCGAGUUGAAUCCAUUUGGAUUCUCUCGUAUUGUGCAAAAGACUUCUGCCACCCUGCGUUACGACAAGUUCAACAAUCUUCGCCUCAAGUAUAACGAAGAGGUGAACAAGAAUCAGGAAGGACCUCAACCUGACGACCAAGAAGACCGCAUAGACUCGAUUAGUGUGGACUUCCCUCAUUUCCGCGCGAUUUGUGAUUCUGCAGAGUACUAUUCCAUGUACAUUAUUGUCCUGGACCUCAUGCUCUACAGCGAACCACUCGAAAAGGUCCGAAAUGAGCGCCUAGAGAGGAUCAUGCUCACUUCCGACUUCAGUGACCUUAGUGGCGCCCCGGAAAUGGUGUUCAAGCUUCAAGCACGCAUUCGCCAGUUGGAAGAAAUCAAAGAGUACUUUCAGAUCAACGCUAAGUUCCUUGACAAACAGGGCUGGGAGGAUCGGCUGGCCCUCGAACGCGACUUGUCUCUAUGCGAGGAUGAACUUUUCUUCAUGAUGAAGGCAAUCACAACUUCCCAACGGCGAAUGGAACCGAGUUCGUCCAGGGACGCCGGUGUCCAUGGCUUACUGCGUUGGAGCAUAUCGGCGAGCGAGGUCGUGUGGCACCUGAUGAAGGAGGCUUCUGAGCCCUUGAUUGAGUUCCAAUUGCGCAAUGCUUCAUAUGAGCGAACCGACAAUACUGAUGGCUCGAACCAUAACCUGGUAUCCAUCGAACGACUAGUCGGGUUGAACUUACUUCCAGACGCUAUCUACCCUCAAAUCAUCGCGCCUUACCUCGACGGCGGACGCACCCUCGAUGACUUCAUGUUGCGCAUCAAAUGGCACAUGCUGGAGGCCGUUGCCGGUAUCCCUGUGCUUGACAACUUUGAAGUUUCAUUGUUCCCGCUGAAGAUUCAGCUCGAACGCGAGCUGGGCCAGAAAGUCUUCGAAUACGUCUUCCCCAACGUGGGUUCUAGCGCCUUUGAGGCUGGUGGUUUCUCGCCUUUCAUGAUCAAGAACAUGAAGCCACUUGAAGCUUCAGAUGGGGAAGACGAUGACGAAGGCCCCAACGGCGAAGGCCCCAACGGCGCACCACUGACACGCUCAACGAGUAUCGAUGGUGAUAGCUCGUCUAUGGACAGUCUCGCCAUCUCUAAGGGACCGGGCUCCAUCGAACUGCGCCUCCAGCCGACACUGUCACUUUUAGAUGAGACCAAGCCGCCGCGUCAUCGCUCAGGCCAUCUGAAGGGUCUGAUGAUGACACCUAUCCACCAAGAUAGUAAUCGACUGGGUGUCUCGGAGACCGCGCGCAAAACGGGCCGUCCCUCUACAACUGGUGGUCUCCGCAAGAAGAAGUCUGCUGAUAGUCUGCGCAUGUUGACUAAACAUCCCACCGAAAGAUCCAUGUCUAGCCACAGUGCUAGCGAAGACAGUCGCAAGAAGUUCGGAAUAGGUAAAGGGACCAACAAGGGCGGCAAAUCCAAAGAGCAAACCGAUGACCUGACCCAAAUGAUCUCCCGCGCCUCCAACUUCAUGACUCUCGCACAUGUGAAGGUGAAUGACGUAGUUCUUUGUCUGAGCUACAAGGGCAGAGGCGAGCACAAUCUAGAGGAUCUCCACGAUUUCGUCUUCCGCCUUCCAGUUCUCGAGUAUAGUAACAAGACAUGGUCGAACCUGGAUCUUGCCUUGCGCCUCAAGAAAGACGUGAUUAAAGCCCUCAUCUCGCACGCGCCCGCCAUUCUUGGCAACAAGUUCUCCCACCACCGACCUUCGAAGCAGCAACAGAAGCGUUUCCGUGAGCUUGCAUCCUCGUCUCAACUCCUGCCAGACACAUUCAGCUUGAUGAAACAGAACAAUGAUCAAGCCCAUAGUCUGGCCAGCUACGACUCUAAUAGCGAUUACUCGGAGUCCCGCUCGCGCAGAUCCAUGCAGUCGAAUGCCUCGCCAUUGGCUAGGACGACCUCGUUGAAUUCAGAUCCCCACGGCACAGAUUAUUCAGAUCCCACCAUCCAUGACUCGCGGUCCGCUAGUGAUGUGGAUGUGGAUUCUCGCUGGGAGGCGUCGCGUCGAUUUGUCAAUGCCCCUCCACCCGAAAGGCCGAUGACAUCCGGUAACACCGUGACUACGAUACGAUCUGGCAAGAAUGAUCAGGAUGAUAGUCACAUCAAAACAAUUCGCAACAUCGGCCGGAAGCUGACAUUCCGGAAAUGA